AUGGUUACUGCUGCGACAAAUGAGGAUGGAGAGAAAAUGUUACUUGAUAUACGCAAUCAUUACGAGUCACGGAUUGGAUAUUUUGCGGCACCAGAUGGGUCUGGUAUCCAGACUGUGAAGCCACAGGUUAGGAGAUUUUCGCAGUUCCCUGCAUUUGUAAAGAGACAUAUAGAUCCCACUCUUCGUUCUUCAUCUGAACACAGGAAAGAUGAGAGUACUCCUGGUAAAACGAUUUUCACCUAUUGUACAGGCGGCAUUCGCUGUGAGAAAGCCACAAGGUGGAUUGCAGAAAAUGUGGAGCAAACUCCACAAGACAAAAUCUACACCUUGAAGGGAGGUGUAUCGGGAUACGUGGCUUGGUUUGAGAAAGAGAUGAUGGCUGGCAGGAAGAGAGAAGAUGAGUGUUUAUGGAAGGGUAGGGAGUAUGUUUUCGAUGGAAGGGGAUCAUUGGGGCUGGGUAAUGCAAACGGAAGGAAGAAGGUGGCGAAGUGCCAUGGAUGCGGGAAGGAGGAGGAUAGAAUGGGAAAAUGUGACAUGGAAGGAUGUGAGUUAGUAUUGGUGGUUUGCGAAGGCUGCGACGGCAUCAAGUGCUGUAAUAGUUGUGGGGGAGUAGAUGGAAAGGGGAGGAGAAUGGUUUGUGAUUGCGAAAGCCAAAGGGAAUUUGGGCUAUGGGGGAGCGAGGGUAUGAGAGGCGUCAAAGGCGUUUCAGCGAAGCAAAAUAGGUUACACGAGCGAGGAAAGAGACAGGCUGUAACCGAUAACAUAGAUAUUAGAGUCAAGGUAAUAAAAUAA